AUGCUCUCCGCCUUUACCCUUCUCGUCGCGUUCCUUGCCGCGCCUGUGCACGCCUUCGUUCCCGCGACGCCGACGAACGACGUCGCCUCGCUCGACAGCUUUCCCGACGGAAACCUGCAGGCGUUCUGGAACCCGCCCGGGCGGUUCGACGGUAUCACGAAAAUCGUGUCGCCCAAGCCGAACACGACCAAGUCCGAGAUCGGCGCUUUCGUGAACUUCAACGACGCGAUGGGCGAGAGCGCGACUGAUGCUUCGGUGACGCCUUGGAUUGCGUUUGUUUCGUGUGAUAACACCGGGAACGCGGCAGAUGAGGACGUCCUUACGCGCGCACAUGAGCUUGGUGCGAUCGGCGCGCUACUAUACUCAGAGAGCGAAGCGACGUGCGCGCUCGACGCGUCUUUCGAGAACCCGGGCUACGACGUGCACACGCUCCUGCCGGCCCCGGACGUGAUCAACAACCUCCCGUUCCUUCUAGAUGCGUUCAACAAGAUCGACGCGAUCUACCGCAACUUCGACGCCGCCACUCUUGCGACGGAGCAGCAGAACAUCUCGAUGGCCGUCCCUGGGUUUUUUGACAUCGACACGGGCUACAUCCUCGGGAGCCUUUUCUACCUGUAG